CAAUUAGAGUAUGACCUAACCAUUACUAGAUGUUCUAAAAUUCAUGUUGAUAAAUAUGAAGCUGCUCAUAAGACUUGCAUCUGUCGGAUCUUUAGUAAUUCAUCUCGUUUAUCGACAUGCAUAACUUCCUAUCUGUUAAAACUUCCAACCAUACAUGAAUGUAUUAAUAUCCUUCAAGCCAAAUUCUUGCUUCAAUCUAAUAGCCUACCAGAUGAUGCUCCCCUCAUAUACCUUCUACCACACCUUCAACGGCACAACAGUUAG